AUGAAAUUGGGCAUUCGCACAUGUAGUAUUAGUGGUAGUGAUAGUAAUAAUGAUGAUGAUGGUAGGGAUGAUGGUAAUGAUGACGAUGAAUGCGCAAGUGUUGAUGAUAGUGACAAGAGGGAUGGGGGUAACGAUAAAGGUGAUGAUAGUGAUGGUGAUGAUGACAGCAGUAGUAGCAGUAAAAAUGAUAAUCGGUGGUAA